CAUGUGGGCCUGAGUCUCUCUCUUUCUCUCUCUCUCUCUCUCUCUCCCUCUCCCACCGGAUCAGCUGCCAGUCGCAUCGGGGGCAUCUUAAACAUGGCUACGGGGCAGCAGCUGGCGUUAUUCAGUGUCUCAGACAAGGCUGGCCUGGUGGAAUUUGCAAAACGUCUCAGUUCUUUGGGUUUGGCCUUGGUUGCCUCUGGAGGAACGGCAAAAGCCCUUCGGGAUGCAGGCCUGAAUGUCAGAGAUGUUUCUGAUCUUACUGGCUUUCCAGAAAUGUUGGGAGGGCGUGUGAAGACUCUUCACCCUGCAGUACACGCAGGUAUAUUAGCUCGUGACAUUCCACAAGAUAAAGCUGACAUGGAUAAAUUGGAUUUCAGCCUUGUAAGAGUUGUAGUUUGCAAUCUCUACCCUUUUGUCAAGACUGUCGCCUCCCCGAAUGUAACUGUCCAAGAAGCAGUCGAACAGAUUGACAUCGGAGGUGUAGCUUUGCUGAGGGCUGCAGCAAAGAACCACGCUCGUGUGACUGUGGUAUGUGAUCCUGGGGACUAUACCACAGUAGCAGCGGAAAUGAAAGGCUUCAGUAAUAAAGAUACCACCUUGGAAACUCGGCGCCAGUUGGCACUAAAGGCUUUCACUCACACUGCUCAGUACGAUAUGGCCAUCUCCGAUUACUUCAGGAAAGAGUACAGCAAAGGAGUGUCUCAUCUUCCACUGAGGUACGGCAUGAAUCCACACCAGACUCCUGCUCAGCUCUACACUUUGAGGCCUAAACUCCCUCUGUCAGUCCUGAAUGGCUCCCCAGGCUUCAUCAACCUGUGUGAUGCGCUGAAUGCCUGGCAGUUGGUCAAGGAGCUCAAGCAGGCCUUGGGCAUUCCAGCCGCAACCUCCUUCAAACAUGUCAGUCCAGCAGGUGCAGCUGUUGGAGUACUCCUCAGUGAAGAGGAAGCCGAGGUCUGCAUGGUGCAUGACAUGCACCGCACACUGACACCCUUGGCAUCGGCAUAUGCACGGGCAAGAGGUGCUGAUAGAAUGUCAUCUUUUGGUGACUUCAUUGCUCUCUCUGAUAUCUGUGAUGUCCCCACGGCGAAGAUCAUUUCCAGAGAGGUAUCUGACGGAGUUGUGGCUCCAGGGUACGAUGAAGAAGCCCUCAAAAUCCUUUCCAAAAAGAAAAAUGGCAACUACUGUGUACUCCAGAUGGACCCAGCUUAUGAGCCCGAUGAGAACGAAAUCCGCACUCUCUUCGGAUUGCAUCUAAUGCAGAAGAGGAAUGAUGGUGUGAUUGACCGAUCGCUGUUCAAAAACAUUGUUACUAAAAAUAAAAAUCUGCCUGAGCCGGCUAUCCGAGAUCUGAUUGUUGCAAGCAUUGCUGUCAAAUAUACCCAGUCUAAUUCCGUUUGUUAUGCCAAGAACGGACAGGUGGUUGGCAUUGGGGCAGGGCAGCAGUCCCGAAUCCACUGCACCCGCCUGGCUGGAGACAAGGCAAACCACUGGUGGCUGAGACAUCACCCGCGAGUGCUCUCCAUGAAGUUCAAAGCUGGAGUGAAAAGAGCAGAAAUCUCCAACGCCAUUGAUCAGUAUGUCACUGGGACCAUCAGCGAGGAUGAAGAUCUUGUCAAGUGGAAGGCGAUGUUUGAGGAAGUCCCAGCAGUGCUGACGGAGGCAGAAAAAAAAGCAUGGAUUGAGAAACUGAAGGGCGUCUCCCUUAGCUCUGAUGCAUUCUUCCCUUUUAGGGACAAUGUGGAUAGGGCGAAACGGAGUGGAGUCCAAUUUAUUGCUGCCCCUUCUGGUUCAGCCGCUGACCAAGUUGUGAUCGAAGCCUGUGAUGAGCUGGGAAUAACGCUUAUUCAUACCAACCUCCGUCUGUUCCACCACUGAUGUUCCUCAGGGUCGUUGCAGACAAUCCCCUUUGCUCAUUGGUCUCAUCCUUGGUCUCAAUGAAAGCAUCCUCUCUAGCAAUUCUUUUAAGUCUUAAGGAUGCACUUUCUUUUUAUAAUUUGCCUAUAACACCCCUUGCUUUGAAAGUAGUAAAGCAAAGUAGUGAAUCUGUAAAGGCUCUCUUGAAAAAUAAAUGCGCAGAACUGUU